AUUUUUGGGGAGGGCCGAUGACAAUUCAAAUCAAAAUGCAAAACAUUUUUGAAAGUUAUUAAAAAAUAAUGCGCAGUUAAAUAUUUGUUCCCCCUUUAGACUUCUUUAAACCGAUUUAAAGUAUUUCAGUAAUGCAAUGUCAUACACAUAAUGUUCAAUUAUCUGAUGGAACCGCACGACACACCCUCUUAUGCACAUGCCAAGAGGGGGAGGUUCUCACGUAAGAACAGCCCUGGAUUUGCUGUUCACUUCUCACGCAAAGGAAUUUAGGAAACCGGGUCUCUUUACUUUCCGAUUAAUCAAUACUAUAAUUACUUUACAACAUGAAAACGUUGACCAAAGUCCUGCUCACAAGUGUGACUGUGGCUCUGCUCGCUGUCAAAUGGAACGCGCCCACGUUCAACGCGGAAAUCCUCCGAGGUGCCAGGGUCUUGGUGACCGGUGCCAGCACUGGUAUCGGUGAGCAAAUGGCGUAUCACUUUGCCAAGUUCGGCUCCCAGAUCGUCAUCACAGCGAGGAGGGAACAAGUCUUACACCAGGUGGCGGAAAAGUGCCUGAGCAUGGGAGCUCAGAAGGCUGUGUACAUAGCGGCGGACAUGAGCAGCGACUCGGACCCGGAUAGAGUGGUCGAUUUCGCUCUGGACCAGCUUGGAGGUCUGGACUACCUCGUUCUCAACCACAUCGGAUCAAGCCCUUUCAGCAUGUGGGAAGGAGACACACAACACCUCGGAUGGCUGAUGAAGGUCAACUUCUUGAGUUAUGCUCAGAUGGCAUGGAAAGCUCUCCCCUCCCUUGAGCAAAGUAAAGGCUCACUCGUGGUUGUUUCGUCUAUUUUAGGUAAAAUGACCAGUCCCUUUGUGGCGGCGUACACGUCAACCAAAUUUGCCCUGAAUGGUUUCUUUGGGGUUCUAAGUCACGAGUUGGCCAUGAAGAGCAGCAACGUAACGAUCACGACGUGCACACUGGGCCUCAUUGACACCGACUCAGCCAUGGAGAAAGUCAAGGAUAUCAGUCACGUACCGGCCUACCCUGCCAGUGAAGCGGCGUUGAAGAUCAUCAUGGCGGGAGCCGCCAGAGAGCGCGAGCUCUUCUACCCUUGGUAUACAUACAUCAUGACCUUGAUUAAAGACUUCUUUCCCGCCACCAGAGACUACAUCAUACAAAAGUCCUACAACUACAGCCCGUGAAAAAAAAGAUUUAUGUGAAGGGCCACAACUGCCCUUACUUCCAGUGGGGGCUUCAGAAUUCUACAAAAAAAAAAACCAAAGUUUAUAUUUAAGGUGUAUUCUUGUUAAAGUUUUGUUUUUGGGUUGACAUAUUCAAC